AUGGCCGAAACUCGCCUUGCCUUCAAGGCCGGCCGUGCCUUUAGACGCGGUAACACCAACUUCGUUGAUGCCAACCCCGCCAAAGGUGCCAUCCUCCUCCAGAACGGAGACGAUGGCUUGUUGCAUUUCAUCUGGCGCAACCGGACGACCAAUGCUGUUGACGAGGAUCUGAUUCUCUUCCCCGGAGACGCGGCGUUCGUGAGGGUGGAACAGUCUGCGUGGGGAAGGACUUACGUCCUGAAGUUCUCAUCCUCAAACCAGCGGCACUUUUUUUGGAUGCAGGAUGCAGAUAGCAGUCGCGAUGAAGAGUUCGUUGGUAACAUGAACCGCUUGCUUCUCGACCCGAGCAUCGUUCCCAUCUGGUACUCCGAAGGAUACAACCCGAACAACCAGAGCUCUGGUGCCUCUUCCUCUGCCCCACCCGCGGGCCAGACCUCACAGGUCACCCCCGAAGAGCUCGCGCGUAUUCGCGCCCUCGUCACCUCCCUCGGUCGUAACACCUCCGCCGGAUCCGCGCUCGCCGCCGCCUCGUCCACAGCGGCGGAGCCCGAGAUCUCCCUCCUGGACGUCCUCACGCCGUCGAACCUUCGCCCACUCUUCACCUCUCACCCGGAGCUAGUCCAGACGCUUUUCCCUCACCUACCGACAGACCUCCCCAGUCCGCCGAACGUAGAGACGCUGGAGCGCAUCGUGCAGUCUCCCCAGUUCAGAGCGGCGGUGCGGAAUCUGGACAUGGCGCUCCGGACGGGACUGCUUGGAGGAUUGGUGCGGUCCCUGGGGUUACCGGAAGAGGCGGGACUCGGGGUGGAGGCGUUCUUACGAGCACUACAAGAGCAGGCGAGACGUGAGGGUGGUGAUCUUAUGGAGACCGACUGA